AUGUCCGUGAAAACGCCGGGCGCCCGAUCCGAGCUUGUGUUGUGUGGUUGUUGUCAGAUUAAAGCGCAGAGAGGCCGCGUGGGGGUUUUAAGGUCACACCUAACGCGAUUACAGCCCGGGACAAAGGCUGCGUCUGCCUUUGAAGUUCCCCCAACGCCCACCACCACCGGGACCAUCCGAGCGGGGAGCACUGCCUUCUAUUGUGGCCCCGAGAAAGCUGCGAAAGCCGCUAAGAUGAGAAGGUGGAGGGCCAUUGUUCUGCAGAAGAUCCAAGCAGCUUCACCUCAGAUCACCCACAGGGAAGAGAAGAGGCUCCGAGCUCAGACUGAAGGCGUUGAACAGGUGCAGCUGGCCCCUGCUCUGUGA